GAUUCUUGUUCUAGGAUGAGUCCACGGAGCUGGUUUGGAAGAAAAGAAUAUUUAUCACUGAAGAUCAGCUGCAUAAAGUGAACACUAAUUGUGCUGGGAUGCAUCUCAAGGUUCCUGUCUACGACAUGGGGAAGAGUAAGAAUGUUCCUGCUGAUAUCUCCGAACCUACGCAGAACACGUUCUUUAAGAUAGAGAAAACCAAGGUUGGAGGAGGAGCGGUGGUUGCGGAGAGUUCCCGUCUUGCCUUUCAGUUCAAUCCUCUUCCUGAUCUUCUCCGUUCUAGAAAACGACCAAGGUUGGAUGUUUUAGCUUUAGCUGAACCUAACCCUUCCUUCUCUCCUCCUAGACAAACCUUCUCUCCUCCUAAACAAACCUUCUCUCCUCCGAGACAAAUCCCCAGCACUGCAACAUACGACAACAGAACAACUAUAUUCGCUAGAAGAGCAGAACCUCUUGUACCCUCCUUAAAUAUAACCCCAGCCUCUCCCAACCAACUUGUAGGUUCUCCAACUAGAAUUCCAACCUCUAGAAAUCUUGCCACAGCCUCUCAUAAUGUAUUCGGAAUUUCUCCCCUAAGAUCAGCAGCCUCUAGUAUGGACUCAACCUCGUCGUUCUCCUGGAAUAUACCCUCCCAGCCUCAGCUACCUGUAAUCCUGGAAACCCAACAGCCUCACCACCAGCCUCUACCAGAUUUCCACAAUAUAUCUCCUCAUCAACCUCCACCCUUCUCCUCAUCCCCACGCUCUCUAGUUGUAGAGCCAAGGAUCAUACCCGGAGCCUCUUCUCCGUCCUUACUUAGCCUUCAAUCCUACUCUUCCAUGCACCAAGCUUCUCCGGAAACCCAUGAAUCCAUAUUCUCACAACCACAUACGUCUCAAACCUCUCUUUCUUCAGCAUCUGAAGCAUAUUUAACAAUGACCUACCUAGAUACGUUCUCAAACUUUGAUCCAACCUCAGAUCUACAUGAUAUUGACACCAGUGCGAUUUCAAGAUUCCAAGAUGUAGAUGUAAACACCUUUCUCAGCGUUCAGACAGACUCUGUGGGAUCCCAAAAUAAAGUCUCAAAAAACAAACAGGAAGAAACAAAAAACACGAGAAAGAAAACCGAAUCAUUAAAAAAGGUAAAGGAGGACGAAAUAAUGCCGAGGAGGAGUUCUAGAAAACCAGCAAAUCCUGAAUUGUAAAUAGACGGAUGAAAGAAGAGAAAUAAGAAAUAAGUCAGACAAUAAUAAAAUCAAAAUAAAUAUCCGUUCUAUCCGUUCGGUUCAACAACUGUGAUGAUAAGAUUGCAAAGAGCAUUUUAUUAUUUUAUUCAAAAAUAAAUUCAAGUACAAAUUUCAUUAUGUAUCAUAUAUCUUACUUUAAGUAUUGUGAUAUAUGACUACUUUAAAAUAUGAAUAUAUGAAUAUAUAAUUUUUCAUCUU